AUGGAAAUAUCCGAGUCCAGCAUUGGCAUAUUCUAUGUCAGUAAACUAAUGUCCCUGGCUCCGUAUCGUGUACUCAGGAAUGCCAACGCACAAUUAGAAAUCCGUCGAAGUUGGACAUUUACCAUAUAUUCAGCCUCAUUGUGUGUGAUUUUGGUUUUUCUUACUUAUCGGGGUUUACUUUUUGAUGCCAAUUCGAAAAUUCCCAUACGUGCAUCUUUUAGAAUGCACUCGGCCACGGCAAAGGUAGUGACUGCUCUUGAUGUAUCCGUUGUCGUUUUGGCCAUUGUAUCGGGUAUUUACUGUGGCCUGUUUGGCCUAAAGGCCACACAGGAGCUGAAUGCACGCCUCUGCAUCAUUGACAACACUUUGAGUGCCUACAAUAAUUUCAAACGAGAUCGUUGGCGCUCGCUGGGAAUGAUUAGUGUAUCUCUGUUGACGAUUGCAUCGCUUAUUGGCUUGGAUGUGUGGAUUUGGAUGCGUAUAGCCAGGGAUAUGAAUCAGGAUGAUGCCAAUACGGAGAUCAAUGUGCAGUGGUAUAUACCAUUCUAUAGCCUCUACUUUAUACUCACGGGACUGCAAGUUAAUUUUGCUAAUACUGCUUACGGUUUGGGUCGUCGCUAUGGUCGUUUAAACUUAAUGUUGACCAGCAGUUUCUUGGGAGAUAACAAACCCUCAAAGCCACCAAAACUUUUGAAAGUGAGCACAGUGAAGACCAUGAAUUUUAAUCCCAUGAUGAUGCCGCCGCCAGUGACAAGUUUGCACUCGAGUUUAACCAAAUUGAAUCAGGAAUCGCUGGCCAGCAAUUCACCAGCAAAAAAUCAAGGCUUACUCAUCAAAACCAUGGCCGAUAAUCAUGAAUCUUUGGGCAAAUGUGUGGUCCUUGUGUCCAGCUCCUAUGGUAUAGCAGUUCUCUUCAUUUUGGUCUCCUGCCUCUUGCAUUUGGUGGCCACGGCGUAUUUCCUUUUCCUGGAGAUGCUUAGCAAUCGAAACAAUGGCUAUUUGUGGGUACAAGUCAUAUGGAUUCUCUUUCACGCCUUUCGUCUGCUCAUGGUGGUCGAGCCUUGUCACAUUGCGGCACGCGAAUCCAAACAGACCAUCAAAAUUGUCUGUCAGAUUGAGCGAAAAGUUCAUGAACCCAUUUUAGCGGAGGCUGUUAAGAAAUUCUGGCAACAUCUUCUCGUAGCGGAUGCGGAUUUCUCGGCCAGUGGUUUGUGUCGUGUCGAUCGCACCAUUUUAACAUCGUUUGCAUCGGCUAUAGCCACGUAUUUGGUUAUACUCAUACAAUUCCAAAAGACAAAUGGUUAAAGAGAAAGAG